CGCACAUAGUGAGUCGUGCCUGUGCUCUCACGGCCUAUCUCGGACUCGAGGAGGCCCUUGUGACUCGGUGACUCGUCUCUGCGUGUGACGCUCGAGUGCCAUUAUCAGGGCGAGUGCGCCGCCGUGUCGCAGGAAUUUGGUUUUACGUCGAUAUUUUUUGUGUCUCUAGCGAAUGAAUUGUUGAACUAACGUGGAAGUAUAUCGCAGGAUAAGCGGAAUAUAUUUUCCUUUAGCUUCUGAAUCUCGGUGUCGACGAGAUCCCCGAAGCCCAGGAAACGAAAACGGGAUAAUACACUUGAAAUCUUUCAAAGACGACGGUGUUUUUUGACUUCCCGAAGACUGCGCCCCGAGGUCUUCGGAUUUCCGAGCUCUGUGGCCGUUGCUGAGAUCUCCGGGUAUUUUGAGCCCAUCAAAACACGGAGGAGAUCCUUGGAGCUCCCUGAGGAAGACUUAGGAGUGCGAGCGAAGGAGGAGGAGGAGGCUUGGGCGGCCUCGCGAGGACUGCAUGCGAGGAUGGUGGUGAGGCAGCGGCGAGCCUCGGUGAGGAGAGAGCAUCGCCUGCUGGAGGUCGAGUCUGCCCCCGACCUCGCCCUCUGAGGUCCAGGCCCGAGGACCUCCCUAGACGUCCCCGCAGGACGAGGGGGACCUGUGACUGGGUCUCCUCGCAGGACCUUUGCAAGGACCUUUUUGUUUUCUUCGGAGAGUUUGCGAGUCUUCAGGAUGGUGGGCCGACUGAUGGUCGAGGACGAAUACACGAUCAACGUGAAAGUGCGCCGCCCGCUGGGGGAGGAGGCGUGCCUGGCCCCGCCCACGAUCACCAUCACACCUGACUCGUCCCGCAUCACCCUCACGCCCCCCGACAACUCUACCCUCACCUACGCCCACGCCUCCAAGAGUGUCAAUGGCUCGCCGCCCAUGGCAGUUGGCUGCAGCACUCUGCCCCGCAGCUCCGCCUCCUCACGCGGCUCCUGGGCCACGCUGCCGCACCCGAGCCGCCACGCCGCCGGCGCCAAGCCCAGCGGCAGCGGCCUCGAAGUGGCGCUCGCCAGCAAGGCGGAGCCGCCCGCCGCCAACUACGUGGGCCUUUCUCUGAGCAAGAGCCUGGGGAAGCAGGUGUACGACAGCGACGAGGCCCCGGCGCUCCGGCAGCAGAUCAUGCCGCCGCCGCCCCCUGAGCGCCGCGCGCCCCCGGGGCUGCUGCCACUGACGGCGCCGCUGUCGCCGUGCUCGCCGGACCUGCCUCUGUCCCCGCCAGCCGGCGUAACGCACGGCUGCCUGCCGCUCCCCAUCAUCCAGGUCUUCGCCGACGACAGCAGCCACGUGGCCACCAACAGGUUCAUCGCGCCCCCGAGACUUGUGUCCCCGCACGAGGGCGUGAGGCGGCAGGGGUCUCCUCGGCCCGUCGACCGCUCGGCCAGCCACACCGCCGCCGGCUGCCUGUACGUGCCGCGGAUCCCCGAGCAUUGCAAAUCGGACAGCGGCAUGCUGUACGUGCCGCCCGUGGACGAGCACAACCUGAGGCAGUCCAGGAAGGACGGCCCGCCGGCCAAGGGGAACUCGCGGCGCAGGAAGGCCAUCGAGGCCAGCCCGGACUCGCAGGGGCCGACGCCGACCGGAGCGCCCGCUCCUCCCCCGGCGCCUUCCCAGGAGCCCGGCGGGCGCCCCCGGACGCCGUGCCCCCCAGGACGGCCUCCUCCAAGGCUGCCGCUCGGGCCCUUCUGGCCGGCGUCCUGGGGCCCCGGAUGGACCUCGGGUCGCCCGACGGCCCCGCCUGCGACGCGCUCAGCAGCAACCGCAACUUCUGCAACAUCGAGUUCCGACCCCCGUCUCCGCGUCCGCCCUUGCGCCAGAUCUGUUACAACGACGACGACGCCCAACAACAACCGCAACAACCAGUACUUGGCCGAAGAAUCCUACAACAACAGCCUCAACACCUACAAGAGCAACCGGGCGUCCCCCUUCAGCAGCCCCGGCAAGCGUUCGCCAGAGGAUGAAGUCAUUCAAUCCUCACGAAGUGCAUAG